AUGGCCAUGGGAGUUGGUAGUGAUAUCUCUUUCCAGGAGGCGGCCAAUGCGGCCCGCAGAGUUGAAAUGGCCCUCACUCGGGGAGGUGGUCAGAUGUCGGACAAGAGGCCUCGUCAUACUGGUAGAUUCUGUGGUACCUCAUCUGGAGGUAGGGCUAUGGUAGAGGCAGCGGAGGUUCUCAGCAGUAUUAUUCAGAUCAGCAGCCUAUCAGUGCACCCCCACUUCAGAGCUUCAGGGGAGGACAUUCUGAUGAGGAUGUGCAUUGAUUACCGGCAAUUGAACAAGGUAACGAUAAAGAACAAGUAUCCACUGCCGAGGAUUGAUGAUUUGUUUGACCAGCUUCAGGGCGCAAAAGUGUUUUCAAAGAUAGACUUGAGAUCUGGCUACCACCAGCUGAGGAUUAGGGCAUCCGAUGUCCCUAAGACAGCAUUCCGCACUCGGUACGGGCAUUAUGAGUUCCUGGUCAUGUCGUUUGGGUUGACCAACGCCCCAGCAGCAUUCAUGGAGUUGAUGAACCGAGUGUUCAGGCCGUAUUUGGACAUGUUCGUGAUAGUCUUUAUUGAUGAUAUUCUCGUGUACUCCCGCAGCCAGGAGGAGCACGAGCAGCACCUCAGAGUGGUUCUUCAGACUCUGAAGGAUAGUCAGUUGUAUGCGAAGUUCUCGAAGUGCGAGUUC